UCGAAGAGUUGUGCGACCUGCCGCUAGCGAGACUUGUGAAGGAAAAGUCGUAGUGUUUGCAAAUCAGGGCUUCCGCGGGCACGGCUGUUUCUUAAGCUUUGGCAUUCGUAAAGCUUCUGGCUUCUCACUUCACGCGGGCUGUGCCGCGGCCCGAUGUUCGGGUGUGCUGGCUGCUUUCAUCACAGCGCAGGAAGCUCCGCUGCGGCCCUUCCCUGUGGCACUCAGGAGCGAGCCAGCCGCCAGGGUUUCCGCUCAGAUCAAGUGCGGCUCCAGCCAAGCCCCGGAGGGGUCCAGGAGAAUGUUCCCCGUUUAUAGCAGAGUGAGAGGAGCUGGGGAACUCGGGUUCACAGAACCGCCUGAGGAGCCGGGGGCAUGCAGCCUGGGGCGCCUUCCUGGCACAGCAGGGUGGGCCGGGCGUCGGUCCGAUAGACCCACGGGCUCUCUGACUGCACAGCUGUUCGUGGCUCUCAAGGGACUUGUGUCUUUCAGGCUGUGGCAUCAGCUGACUCUGCAGGUGCUUGAUUUUGUGCAGGACCCCUGCUUUGCGCAAGGAGACGGUCUCAUCACGCUUUAUGAAAACUUCAUCAGUGAGUUUGAACACAGGGUGAACCCCUUGUCCCUGGUGGAAAUCACCCUUCAUGUCGUCAGGCAGAUGACCGACCCUAGUGUGGCUCUCAGUUUUCUGGAGAAAACGCGUGAGAAGGUGAAGAGCAGCGACGAGGCCGUGAUCCUGUGCAAGACCGCGAUCGGCGCCCUCAAGCUGAACAUUGGCGACCUGCAAGUCACGAAGGAAACCAUCGAGGAGGUGGAGGACAUGCUCGGCGCCCUCCCUGGGGUGACGUCGGUCCACAGCCGUUUCUACGACCUGUCCAGUAAAUACUACCAGACCAUCGGGAACCACGCCGCCUACUACAAGGACGCGCUGCGCUUUCUGGGCUGCGUGGACAUCAGGGACCUGCCGGUGUCGGAGCAGCAGGAACGCGCGUUCACGCUGGGACUGGCGGGGCUUCUCGGCGAGGGCGUGUUCAACUUCGGGGAGCUCCUCAUGCACCCUGUGCUGGAGUCGCUGCGGGGCACCGACCGGCAGUGGCUGAUCGACACCCUGUACGCCUUCAACAGCGGCAACGUGGAGAAGUUCCAGACGCUGAAGAGCGCCUGGGGGCAGCAGCCUGACCUGGCAGCCAACGAAGCCCAGCUUCUGCGGAAGAUCCAGCUCUUGUGCCUCAUGGAGAUGACGUUCACGCGACCUGCCAAUCACAGGCAACUCACCUUUGAAGAAAUUGCCCAGAGUGCCAGAAUCGCUGUGAACGAGGUGCGGUGCUCAGACGGGGCGCGCCCGCGCAGGCCGCUCCCCAUCAAGGGGAUGAAGGGCCGGCUCGAGCUCUGGUGCGCCGACGUCAAGAGCAUGGAGGUGCUGGUGGAGCGCCAGGCCCACGACAUCCUCACCUAGGCCGCCGCCGCCGGCCGCAGCGGGCGCCUGACACCGAGACGGCGUGGGGGGCUCCGGGGCCCCCCUCGUGGAGGCCCUCAGGAGGGAGGGGCCCGCAGGCAGGGGGUGUGGGUGCCUGAGAACAGCCUCCCGAGGCGUGCGCACCCCCGCGGGUGUCCCCAGCCGCCCGGGGUUUGCGCAAUAAACACUCGGCUUGGGCUCCG